AAGUUUGGAGACGCAGGCGCCACCAGGAGAGCGCGCACUAAAUUCAACCGCCCCGCGGCGACUGUUAAGAGGACCUGAAGAUGAAUGACACGGGCAUCUUUUGCAAAGACAACCAAACAGACAACCUGACAGACCCGUCAUGUCUGAACGCCACGCGCCAAACGUUCAGCCACAUCGACAUCACCACUUUCAUGCACAUAUUCCCCUCCAUCUACGGCAUCCUGUGCUUAGUUGGAGUUAUAGCCAACGGACUGGUCAUCUACGCGGUGGCCGCGUGCAAGAAGAAGAUGGUGUCCGACAUCUACGUGCUCAACCUGGCGAUAGCGGACAUGCUCUUCUUGCUCGUGAUGCCUUUCAACAUCCACCAGCUGGUCAGAGACACACAGUGGGUCUUCGGAAACUUUAUGUGCAAAGCAGUUGUGGUGGUGGACGUUGGCAACCAGUUCACCACCGUGGGAAUUGUCACUGUGUUGUGCAUUGAUCGAUACAUCGCUAUUGUCCACCCCACCUCGGAGAAGAGGACCAUCCACUGGACCAUCAUGAUCAACACACUGGUGUGGCUGGGCAGCUACCUCCUCACUGUGCCGGUCAUGAUGUAUGCCAGGGUUGAGCGCAGGCAGCACAUGGAAGUCUGCAUGAUGGACCUGGAUGGGCCUGAGGACAUGUACUGGUACACGUUUUACCAGUCCAUCCUUGGCUACAUCAUCCCACUCAUCAUCAUCAGCACCUUCUACUCCCUCACCCUCUACCAUGUUUUCAGCUCCAUCCGCCGGGUGAAACGCAAGCAGUCCGUUUGGGCUAAAAGGGCCACCAAGAUGGUCCUGAUGGUUAUCGCGUUGUUCCUGAUUUGCUGGUCGCCCUACCAUGUCAUUCAAGUCAUCAACCUGAGCAACAGAACGCCCACCAUCCCCUUUGUCUACGCCUACCACAUCAGCAUCUGCCUCAGCUACUCUCACAGCUGCAUCAACCCACUCAUGCUGCUCAUCUUCGCCCAGAACUACCGCGACCGCCUUUGUCGCAAAAACACGCUGAACUCCUCCCAGCACUCGUCCAAGCUCACAGUGGUCAAAACAGAUGGUUCCAGUAUAACCAGUAACCCCAACUACCGCUGCACUGUAGUGUAAUGAGAAAGAUGCGCCACUUUGUAGAUAGAAGAUAUAAAUGUUUUGCUGCUGUCCACAAAAUGAAGUCGCUUGGUGUUGCCCGGGAAAUGAUAUUGCCCAGCUGGUUCAUAAUUGAAAAUGGAUAGCGUACAAGGAAAACUGGUUGCAAAGCAUGAGCAGCAAUAUUACACAUGACUGAAAGAAAAGAAAUACAGUUUAUAUCAAAGGGUUUUUAAGAAAAAAUACUAAGAAAAAAGUCUGAGCUGGGGAAUUCCAGCGCUGACUUUACAAGAUGCACAGAGGAGGGUUGGACUCCGAGGAGCGACUCGGGUGCGUCUCUUUUGGGAGAAUGGGAGCUUUCAUUAACCUUUGUCGACCGUUGGCUACAUGCAGCGUCGUGCUGGUCAGUCAGAACACUGAAGGGCAGCUUGUGACAUCUGUCAUAAGCAAACAUUCAAGCAUUGAGGCCUCGAACAUUAUUAGCCAGCUCUGACAGCUGGUGGAGAAAUCCAAUUUCGCUUCUUAGCUCUAAGAUUUUUGAAAUGGGAAACGCUAAGCUCCACAAAGUGCGACGCCUUCAAUCUGAACACUCGUGACCUGUGGCAAAAAAAUAAUUAUUGCUGCCACUUUCUAAUAAGGAACCCUCUGAGGGGCUUUUAAGGUAUAACAAAUGGAUUUAUUAUGGUUAAUACAUUUUGCAGUAACACCUAAUUGGUGCAUCAUGAGCAAUUAAUAUAAUACAUUAUGUUGUUUUAAAUUGCUCAAAAUCCCAUUAGCUGGUGUUUGUACUUUCUCCUUUUAUAUAUUGCCAUUAGAAAUGUUGAUGAUAAGCUCUAUAUCAAUGAUAAUUCCGUUCAAUUUAAAAUGUUUAGUCUGCCUUUAGUCAGUAUUGUCAGUGAUGAUGAUGAGGAUUAUUAUUAUGAUGGUUUUUAGUAGUUGUCUGGUCACUGGUCAAUCAAAACACCAAUUUUUCUACUUGGACCGAUCAAUCAAUAAUUUCGUUGUUAACCAUAAAUAAUGCCAUUAAAACCACUUUGAACCAUAUAAUUAGUAAAUGGAUUUAAAUACUAUAUGACGCACUGAUGGAAAAACCACAUGGUUGUAGUGAUUUUGUGGUGGUCAAAUAUUAGACUGACAUUUUUACCAUCAACAUGUCCUUUGUCAUAGGCUGUUAUUAACACUUUUGUGACUGUCGCCACCGAGUAUUUCACAAAUCGCACCAAAUAAGUGACACAUUGUCUUUGCCUAAUAACGCGGCUGAAACAUUAGCACACAGAAAUGUGUGUGCCGUAAAUAUAGUUGCUCACCAUGAGCAUUAAACCAACCAGAACGGCACGUUUCAUUAGUCUAAUUGCUGGAAAAUUCAGCAUAAAACACCAGCGACUGCUUUAGACCCAAUGGCUCACCAAAGACUAACUUUGUUUAUCAGGCUUGUGGGAGUGCAGUUGUUCCCAGCGGAUAUGUUACAAACUCCAUGGAUAUUUUACAAAAUAAUAAAUACAGUAUUAGAUUCCUCAGUGUUUUCUUCCAUCCGUGUGUAUUUCUCUAAGGAAACCCCCACGAUCACACUGGGGUCACCUAAACAAGGAUAUAUAAAAAAAAAGAGUGGACAAUAACAAACCCACAGGUUUAUUACUUGGUGAAACUGGUAAAAAACAAACAAAUAAUACAUACAUUUAGUUGUCUUAAUUUGCAGAAUACUGCGGUUCUACUGUCCUGUUUAAUGUACAGUCUACCUCAGAUUGUGACUGUUGUUUUUGUAUUUAAUUUCACGAUUUCCAGAGUGCGCAGUCUGACCUGAGAGUCUUUAAAACACAUUUCUUGCAUGAUGACACAGAGCAGAAAAACAGUGAGAGUGUGAAAAAACAACAUCACAACACGGGUAUCGAUAUCGUGUCUUUUCUUUUUUUUUUCCUUAAUGGACAGCAAGAGGCAACGGACAAGAAGAUGAUAUUUGAUUAUGGUUAUAUGUUUGCAGUGACGUUGGAGCACUCAAUGUGAUAUACAGUGUGUCCUGUACAUAAAUCACAUGCUCAUACUCUCAAGCACAUGUGCAACACGCUGUCAUACAGUAUUUAGUUCUUCUGUGUGUUACGUGCAAAGAUCGUAGGCAUUGUUGAACGUCGACGAAGGCUGGAACACCAGCGAACUGGGCCCCAGGGUGGUAGCUUCACUUUGUGGAAGGAACUUAUUUUCAAUUCAUAUUUGCCACUAAUGCACACUAAACCGAACUGACAAGCGCCAAAGAGAGACUCUAGCCCGUGAUCUGGAGGCCCUAAAGUAGCCCUCCAGUCAUUCAGGAUCACACUGGUGCAUCGGGACAUAAGAGAGGGCUUUGUCACUUGAACACACAUUUAUUGUUUUGGGGGAUUUUUUUUAUUUUGAUUUACUUUCUUCUACUCACAGGUUGUGAAGAUAUAGUAAAAUGACCUUAAUGUGUAAAAGUGGUGGAAUUCCCCUUAAACGUUAUAGGUGAUAUUAUAUUUUCAAAAUAAGUAUUUCUUAAUAUAGUGAAUUGUACACAAAAUGGUCACAAAAUAACUGAAGGACAGGUGUUAUUUUUGCUCUUGAGCCUCACAGAGUGUUAAUGCAGCCUGGCUGCUAUUGUCUUUUUCACUGUUUGGUAUUGUUGAAUUGUUGUCACCCUUUUAUGAUGUUGCAGUUACGGUGACUGUAUCCACAGGCCAAUGAAAUCAUUUAAAGAUCAUGUGGUUGUUGUUUAAAACCAGUAUAUGAGUUGUAUCUGAAUGUUAUUGUUUGUAAAGAGUCUUGUACACGAUACUCAUGUCACUUCA